GAGGUCAUUGACAUCAUUAUUUUGACAUUAGCAUACCUUACCUAUAGUUUUUUAGUUGAGUUUAAAUCGUUAUUAUUUAUUGUAAUUUUAUUUUUCAGUAGUUUGCUGUUUAUUUUAUUAUUCUGUACUAUAGUGCAUUAAGUCUACUUCUCACUGCCAUUCAAAAUGAUUGGAGCCAACAAACUAAUAAGCAAAAAUAAUGUGUGUCAAAAGAUCAUACAGCAGCGGAGUUUAACGAAUAAAAAGAUCAAAGAUGUUAACUAUCAAUAUUUACAGAGAAGCAAGGUACCGACUAUGCAUUUCCAGAAGUCUUUGCCUCGGUUACCGGUACCGGAACUUUCGAAGACGGGCGAGAGAUAUCUGAAUGCUCUCAGACCUUUAUUGACUGCCAGUCAGUUUGAAGAAGCUCAGCAACGUACUAAUAACUUCAUAGCUAAAGAGGGUAAAGUUCUUCAAGAGAAACUGAUAGCUAAGGACAAAAGGAACAAGCACACAAGUUACAUAUCAGAUUAUUGGUUCGAUCUCUAUUUACGCGAAAGAGUACCACUUCCUAUAAACUAUAAUCCAAUGAUUGUGUUCCAAAACGACGUGAGACCUGAAUAUAAUGAUCAACUAAUAAGAUCUACGAAUAUGUUAAUUAGUGCUUUAAGGUUUAUGUUGUCCUUGAGAGAACAGAUAUUGGAACCGGAAGUGUAUCAUAUGAACCCUAAGAAAAGUGACACGCAACUGUUUAGAAACUUCACGAGGAUGCUUCCUGAAGCCAUUUCAUGGUAUGGUGCCUAUCUAUUCAAAGUGUUUCCACUGGACAUGAGUCAAUUUGUUGGUUUAUUUGGUGCUACUCGUCUGCCUCGCCAGACGAAGGAUGAGAUCUUCAGGGACCCAAAGAGCAAGCAUGUGGUUGUACAGAGAAAAGGAAACUUUUAUGUAUUUGAUGUUUUAGAUGCUGAUGGUAACCUUUUGUCACCUCAGGAAAUUCUUGGCAACCUGAGCAAAAUUAUGAAUGACAAUUCUCCGUAUUCUGAGUAUCCUUUGGGGGUACUGACUGCACAAAACAGGGACCAAUGGGCCCAACAACGAACACAUUUGGAGUCUACAGGGAACAGUGAAGUUUUAAGAAAGAUAGACUCUGCAGUAUUUAAUCUAGUGUUAGAUGAGGAUGUUAUUAAUGAUGAUAAGCGUGUGCUGUUAAGAAAAUAUCUUCAUGGUGAUGGUACUAAUAGGUGGUUUGACAAAUCAGUCAGCCUUAUUGUAACUGGUGAUGGAGUAUCUGGUGUGAACUUCGAACAUUCCUGGGGCGAUGGGGUGGCUGUGCUGAGAUUCUUCCAAGACAUUUAUGCUGAAACCACAAAGAAACCAUUUGUCCAUCCAGAAUCUAAGCCAGCCGAUAGUAAUAUAAGUGUACAGAAAUUAGAAUUCAAAUUAGAUGAUAAGUCAAAGCAGUUUAUUGACAAUGCCAAGAAGGAGUACAAAGCAUGGUGUGAUUCACUCAGCAUAGAUUAUAUUUUGUACGAAGGACUUAACAAGGCUGCUUGUAAAAAAUUCAAAGUUAGCCCGGACUGUAUUAUGCAGCUAUCAUUCCAGGCAGCGCAUCACUUGUUAAAAGGUAGUUUCGUGGGCACAUACGAAUCUUGUAGUACUUCAGCCUUCAAACAUGGGAGAACGGAAACCAUGCGGCCGUGCACCGUCAAAACAAAGGCAUUCUGCGAGACCCUCCAUUCAAACAACAGGUCGGACGAUGAUCUUCGCAGUAAACUGACAGAAUGUUCCAAACUCCACUUGGAACUUGUCAAAGAAUCCGCCAUGGGUCAGGGAUUCGAUCGUCACAUGUUCGCUCUGAUGAAGAUGGCGGAAGACAACAACAUGCCUCGCCCAGAAAUAUUCGAUUCUUAUGAGUACAAGUACUUGAAUAAGUCUAUUUUGAGUACGAGUACUCUGUCCUCGCCCAGCGUUAUGGCAGGAGGUUUUGGACCUGUCGUUAAAGAAGGAUUUGGGAUUGCUUAUUCAGCAUUCCCGGACAAAUUAGGAGCAGCAGUAGCAAGUUACAAGUCUCACAACAAUAGCACUCACUACGUCGAAGCUCUGCAUAAAUCCUUCUUGGAUAUUACCAAAAUAUUAUCUGCAUAAAAUAGUAUAGUAUCUGUGGCACAUUCAUUUUUGUUAUGUUGGUAUAUUAUUUUGUUGCAUUUUUUACACAAAGCACUAUUUUAUACAGCCAGUAUUGGAACCGGGAUCAAUGGGUAAAAUAUUAUAUUUUUCAAACAUAUUUUUAAUAUAAGAAACAAAGUUUAUAUUGUAUUGUAACAGAUUUUAUAUUGUACAACCAAGUACUGAUUUUUAUAGGCUCUAAUUAAUUGCCAUUGCUAAAUACCGUUUAAAAAUAAGGAAAUUCAAUUAUGUACUAAGCAAGCAAUCUAUUAUUUAUUUUUAUUUGUUCUGUAAAUUGAUAUUAUAGUAUAUGUUGUAAACUUUUCCUUACUUUUAAGUUUAAAAUAGUUUAAGUCAAGAAUAUGUACAUCUAAAGCAGAAUUAUACCUAUCGUUAAAAGAUGAAUAUAUUUUUAAUAAGAGAUUUAACCAUUCUUGAGUUUAUUCAAUAGCAAGUGCCUUAACUUUUGUAUGAAAUAUUAUGGCGUUACGUCCAACAGACUCCAUACAUUUCGGGGCUCUAUUUGUAAUAUAUAAGAUUAACUUUAUUACAUGGGAAUGUUGUAAAAUAUAAAUAGUUAUUUAUUUUACAUUAUAUUUAUUCAAUCAUGGUUGCGGUAAUAGCGGUAUACUAUAAAAUUGCACAAACUGAAAAUCAUCUUAUACAUAAAUAUUUAUUUAAAACAUUUCGUAACGCCGAAAAAUGUAUCAGAAUUUGUAAUCUAACUUUCGGUCAGCAUUUUAUUCUGUACUCUGUGAAUAAAUGCAGUGUUGGUAUUAACUAAUACAAAAUAAUACCAUGUAAGAUACAAAAUUAAAAAAUCGUAUUCAUUUUAAUCCAUGCGAAAAUGAUGUAUAUUUAAGAAUAAAUACUGAGAAAUACCCACAUAGUAUACACAUCGAAAUGUUCACUAGUAAUGCAAGCACUAUUUUACACUAUACCGCUAUCGUAGCAAUGCACCCUUAGUAGAUUACGUACGCAAGUUAACCUUUGAGUUAUAAAACACGUGUUACUAACGGGCUUCAGACAAGGAUUUUGCGUGUUGCAAUCCGUAUAAUAUGAUGCAAUGCAACAUAGAUAUGCAAUUUUAUGGUUUCUGAUAAUAAUCUCAUUACGUUUUUUUGCAUUUUUAUUUUUUGUUAUUCUAUUUUUUGCCAAGCUUUUUCAUUAUUUAUAAAACUUGAUGUAAUAUUUUUGUGGGAAUAUACAAUAAAUAUUAUGUUUUAUA